AUGAGUGGUCAAGCAGCGAGUUAUUACAAUCCCAACCAAGGGUUCGACCAGCAGGGUCAACCCAUCAACUAUACCAAUGGCUAUAAUCAACAGAAUGGGAACUACCAGCCGCCUGUCGCAGAGCCAAAACCCCCACCUCCAUACCCAGAGAAUGCGCCGCCUCAAUCUGGUCAGACUUUCAAGGAAGCCUUCAAGAUCGACCAGCCGAAGUAUAACGAUAUAUGGGCAGGGCUCUUGCUGAUCGCGGUCUUCCUGGGCUAUGUAGCAGUCUCGGGCUUAACAAUCCACUCGUACGCGACGAACAAAGGAUUCAGUGGAGGAGGCAUCUAUGACUCAGGGAAUGAUUUCUCAUUGAACACCAACACGCUUGUCUUAUUCAUCUUCGUCCUGUGUGUCGCGCUGGUCUUCUCAUGGGGAUAUUUCAUGGCCGCGCGCUAUUUCACCAAAACCUUCAUUUGGAUCACGGGUAUCUUAAAUAUCGUCUUCGCUCUUGCAACAGGCAUUUACUAUAUCGCGCGCAAGCAGUAUGGAGGAGGAAUAGUGUUCCUUCUAUUUGGUGUCUUCGCGAUUAUCUGUUUCAUUAGUUGGAUCCCGCGUAUCCCGUUUACUGCAUUCAUGCUACAGACCACUAUGGAUAUUGCUCGAAAGCAUGGGAAUGUCUUCCUCGUCAGCGCGUUGGGCGGUCUCGUGACUGUUGCGUUUUCGGCAUGGUUCUCAGUCACUCUUGUCGCGAUUUAUGUUGCAUACGAGCCUGAUUCUACUGGUACGAAUCCAGCAUGCGCAAAUGGCGGGUGCAGCAACGCGAAGGUUAUCGGUUUAGUGGUUUAUGCUACUUUUGCCAUGUAUUGGCUCAGCGAGUGGGUCAAGAACACGGUUCACACCACAAUCGCGGGUGUAUACGGGUCUUGGUAUUUCUGGAGUCGGUCAGCAGGUGGAAUGCCAAAGGGUGCUACUCGCGGAGCGUUUCGUCGUGCGACGACUUAUUCCUUUGGCAGUAUCAGUUUUGGCAGUUUGAUCAUUGCCAUCAUCAACAUGAUGCGCCAAGCAUGCUCUGUUGCUCAACGACAGGAAGCCGCACAGGGAAAUAUCGUGGGUUCGAUAUUCAUCUGGAUUCUGGGUUGCUUUAUCUCUUUGCUUGACUGGCUAGUCACGUUGUUCAAUCGCUAUGCCUUCUGCCAUAUCGCACUAUACGGAAAGGCUUAUAUCCCUGCUGCAAAGGAUACAUGGACGAUGAUGCGCGACCGUGGAAUUGAUGCCUUGGUGCAGGAUUGUCUGAUGGGCCCUGUCUUGACUAUGGGUUCUACCUUUGUGGCCUAUGUCUGUUCCUUGCUGGCUUACUUGUACUUGCAAUUCACCAAACCGGCUUACAACUCAGGUGGUGAUUUCACUGCUGUUAUCAUGGCUUUCUCGUUUGUGAUUGGUCUUCAGAUUUGCCAGAUCUUCAUGACUCCUAUCGGAAGUGGUGUUGAGACUAUCUUUGUGGCGAUGGGUUGGGAUCCUCAGGUUAUGAUUAAUGAUCAUCCGGAUAUCUAUUAUAAGCUUGUUGAGCUUUACCCGCGUGUUCAGCAGGCGGUUCAUGCUUGA